AUUCUUGGGUUCGAAUCAAUACAAGUGAAUAUUUUGUCAACCAUAUAUUGUACAAUUACACUUUUGCCAGAGAGUAUUGCAUACGGACAAAGAAUGCAUUUCUUAUGACGUCACUAAGUCCUGUUCGCUACAUUCAAAUUCUGUCUCGACUUAAUCUACGCGACGGGAAAUACUGGAUCAAAGCUCAUGACAAUGCUCUUUCUGCCCAAGGAUGCCUCACAUACGACAGCCUGAAACGGUCAUUAUCCCAAAGCAAUUGUUCACGAGCGUUAUAUAGCGUAUGCAGUAGGUCAGUGUUUGGUAACAACGACACCGAUAUACUAGAGAACGCUGUCUUUAAACAAAUGUUAAAAGAUAUGACCCUGGAUAGAACGAACACAGCCGUUAGUAGACGACAUCGGAUGAGCAUAAAUAACGAUCACCGUUGGUCUGUGAGAGCUACUGGGGUUAUUGGCCUGCUAAUUAUUGGUGUUGUUAUGGGUUUAAUGGUACUGAGUGACUUGACAAAGCUAAGUGGUUGUCAGUGUUACAGGUUGUGUAAAUGUUGUAAAAGAAUAUCUCGUACGUCGAAAGAUAAAAAUUUAAAAAUGUUGAACAAAAACCCGCAAACUUCAAGCCAAUGCUGAAAAUAUGCAAACAGUAUUUCUUAAAGAUUGUAGCAUUAGAAUAUGAAGGUCAUAUUGACCGUCUGCAUCGAAAUCACCACAAUAUUUUUAAGACAAGAUAAAAGUAAUUUUGUUAUGAAACAGACUAUUCUUCGCGGGUUCACAUUUGUUGCGAGUACUUGUUUGUUCGAUUUUAUUCUUCCGCAAUUACUGGAAUGUCAGCUGUUCUCUCAGUUACUUGUACUAAUUUGAUACUUAUUGUUUUCAUCGCUCUGAUCUGAAUGAAAUUCAAUUCUGU